AUGGGGGGGGACGUGGGAGCACUUAUCACCAACUCUGGAUGGCUCUUUGUCGGCCUGCCCAACCUCGUCAAGACGUGGGUGCUGGCGAGUGGAGUGCAGGGAGACCUGCCAGGCCCUACAGGGUCGGUGCACCAGCUGCUGCUGCACAACGGCAUGCUCUUUGCUGCUUGCUCUGACGGCAAGAUCCUGUGUUGGAAGUUCAACCCGGCCUCACAGCAGUUUGAGCCAGUGGCGUCACUCACAGGCCACACGGCCGCUGUGGUGUGCCUGGAAGCCACUGCCACGCACCUCUUCUCUGGCUCUAUGGAUAAGAGCAUCAGAAUAUGGGACCUGAGCACGGGAGCGUGUGUGCACAUAGUGCCGGCUCACGAUCAUGUGGUGAUGGCACUGGUGGUCUGGCAAACUCACCUGCUCUCCUGCUCUCUGGAUGGCACAGUCAAGGUGUGGGCGCCGUCAGCAGCAGGAGGGGGCGCCAUCGACCUGGCGUUCACUCACACCGAUGCAGACGACAAGGGCGGCAGUGGGCAGACCGACAGAGAGCCCGAUGGAGCGCUGGCGAUGAAAGUGAGCACGGAUCUAGCAGGCAAUCAGGUGCUCAUGGUGGCAUAUAGCGACAACUCCGUUCGCCUCUAUGACCUCCCAUCGUUCACAGAACGGGGGGUGCUCUUCACAGUGCAGGAGGUGCGGUCGAUGUGUGUGGGGCCGAGUGGUCUCAUGUUUACGGGCGACAGUGCAGGCACCGUGAAAGUGUGGCGGUGGACGCAGUGA